AGAAAAUUCAAAAGAGCCAAAAGAAACCAUGAACUUUCGCAGGUGGGCCCGCACAGCCGAAUGACCGACCACACGCACCCGAAAGUGAGGUUGAGAAUCUCGAGCUUUGGGCGGCGGUUGGUGGUGGAUGCUGAGCCAAAUCUAGACCUUUGCGACCCAGUCGAGACAUUGGUGAUAGCAGCCACCCUCACGCACACUACCUACCUAGUAGUACCUUAGUAGUGCCCAUCCGUCUCGAAAAUCUUCUCAGCCGAAGCCGUCGAACACUCCUGCGCCAGAAAAAAACCCCGCCAACAGGGUCCGGCCGAACGACGGCGAGGGAGAGCCAGAGAGCCUUCAAGAACAGAGUCCACACCGCCCACCAACGAGACAGUGAAGCGCCAGCCAUCAUGGGGCCCAGAUCCACCUCCGCCGCGACGAGGUCGGCCACGCGGGCUUUUGUAAAAGGCACCACGGCCCCCUCGCGCAUGCAGGCGCAGGAGGGCAGCAUGGUCGGGCUUUUCAGGCUCCCGGGGACAUUUGUACCUCCCCCGGCGCUCCGUUCGCUGCGGGAAAGUCCCUCCGAGGGCCUCAGGCUCCAGUGGGUACGCGCAAGGCUCCGCGCGACCGACGCCCUCGGCAUCGCCGCCACCUGGCUCACGUCCAAGCCGAGCUUCUUGAAGCCUGCACGUCUGCGCCUCAACCGCGCCUCCCUCAUCCCGACCGCCAAGGCCCUGCACAGAACCAUGUCGGAGGCCCUGGCAGCCGGCGACAGGGACACGCUCCGCCGCGUGUGCGUGCCCUCGCUCUUCGAGACCCUCUCGGCCAGGCUGGCCCGCCGGCCGAGGGGCCGCCGCUACGAGUGGUCCCUGGAGAGUUACACAAGCCCGCUGCAGUUCCCCAGAAUCGUCGACCACAAGUUGGCCGCCCUUCCCGGGGUCGGUGGCAAGCUCUCGUACGUGCACCAGGUCGUCGUCGCCAUCAGCAGCCGCCAGCGUUUGGCCCAGUACGAUGACACCAAGAAGGGGAUGCUCGUCCCGGGCUCCGAGAAGACUGUCGACCUCGUCGAGCACCUCAUCCUGACCCGCCCCAUCGACUUCAAGACGUACGUCCCCGGCGAUUGGGCCGUAUUUGGCCACGCCGAGGAAUCCAGCCUGGAAGACUUUGAGACCGAGCAACGCGCAAUGCGAGCCCUCGAGCAGCAGCACCAGCCCCGGUGAUACCAAAGCCCACGUGUAGAACGCUUACUGGCAUUAUAUAUAUUGCCUGCGCAUAAAUAAAGGCGUGGGCAACGAGGUGCUGGCAAAUGAGAGAAAGAGCAAAAAGAAAAAUGAGAGAUCUGAGCUCUAGACGCUUGUACGAUCCACUCCACAUCAUUUCUCGGCCAUCGCCGGGCCAUGUACGAUAUGCAUGUACCAACAUACCUAGGUAGCUAUCAGCUUCUUUGUGGUGAUUAAUCUAUGCAACCAUAACGUAGAGUCCGUGUCACUCAUCCAAGGCCCAGGCAUUGUGUUUGGGAUACAUGACAUCGCUUGCUCUGUUCACGAAUACUUUCAUCGCCCAUCAAAUAUC